AUGCCACCGUCGAAACUCGACCCCGCGUCUCAGAAACCCUCCCGUGCGCCGAGCCCCAUUCGCGACAAUUGGGACGAGGGCGACUUUCUCCUCGUCUCGAGUGAUGAGAGGGAGUUCCGCGUCGACAGCAACGUGCUCUUCUGGGCAAGCUCCGUAUUACAGGACGCCGGCUCGGGGCCGGUCAACUCUCCACGAGAAAUCCGCUUCUGCGACCCCGACUUCGAGCAUGCGGGCGUACUUUGCUCCUUCCUCCGUCUCUGCGUGCGUGGAACGUUCGUGAAUGGCUCCUUCAAUUGGAGCGAGUGCGAGGCCGGGGUGGCGCUCAUCGCCUUCCUGCGAAAGUACGACUGCGUCCGCCCGCUGCGCGUCCUGAAGCUGUGCAUCUCGGAGGCGCUGUUCGAGCGACGGCUCUACCCGCUGCAUGCCUUCGUGCUCGGUGCGAACAUGGACGACGUGUCUCUAUGCUGCACCGCGUUCCGGGAGCGCGUGCAGUUCGUCCCGCCCACACAACUCGAUGACGGGCUGGCUCUGGUGCUGUCCCCCGCCCAGGCGUUGAUGGACGGCGCAUGGCCGUACCCCGUCUGGCAGCACACUCCUCUGCCAUACAUUUACGCUGCAACGAAGGCUGCGAAUGUGUUCGAGAAGGAGCCGCAUGUGCCCUACCAUGGCAUCACGAGGAGCGGGACGCCCAUCUUCAGGAAGAAGGACCUGGCAGACGAGUUCGAGAAGGCGAUCCGGAAAGUGAAGGCGACAGGCGUGUGA